GGAUGUAUGGUGUGCUGCUGUAGCGCCGCUCUUCGUCGCCUUGUGGAUGAGGGAGGGAGGCAGAAAUCUGGACUUUAAGGGGCUCCGCUUAUACCCCGAUGGACCGAAUGGAAUAUUAUGUGUUUAAGCUCAUUCGGCUGUUCUCCUCAGCUUAGUGAACCCUCUCCCCCUUUUCAUCCUUCCUUCACUUCCUUCCCUUCCUUUCGAAGCCUUGGCCAGCCUUGGACCAACAGUAUAGAGCUCUGGUGUGACUUCCAGAGUCACCAGUCUGUCUGUGGGCUGCCUCCUGACUCCUCGCCCUCUGGCAGAUGGACACAUCUCGGAGCAUCUGGGGAAAGGCAGCAUCAGUCCAUGUCCAGCUCGAAUGUUUAGCAUGAUGAUCUAACGCUUUGGGGCCUCUAGCAGGCAGUGACUGGGGCCCUACUGGCAUGUGCUGAGGCAUCUGUGGACACGGCACAGCCUGAGGGGAACCAAGGACACCAGCGAGAGUGGAAGUUCUCCGCACACUGCUGUCCACAGAGCACUGGCUGGGAAACGGCCACCCGAACAUGUAGGAGGCGCAUUCACACUCUUUAAGCAGAUCCGACUUUGCGCCUAAGCUGAGCUCCACAUACCUGAAUCUGACAGCCCCACGCUGACCGAGGAGGGAGGGAGCAGAAGAAGCCAGAGGCCAAGGAGGAGGAGCUAAGCAUCCAACAUUAUCCCACCCUCAAGAUGAUGUGCGAGGUCAUGCCGACCAUCUCGGAGGAUGGUAGGCCGGGGGGGCCGUCAUCCCCGGCGGGGGGCGGCGGGGGAGGGCCUGGGAUGGGCGGAGCUGGUGGCGGGUACGAGGGCGGCAGCACAGGGAACCUGGAGUCGCUGAUGGUGAACAUGCUGACUGAGCGUGAGCGCCUCCUGGAGAGCCUGAGGGAGAUGCAGGAGAGCCUGGGCACCGCGCAGCUACGCCUCCGCGAGCUGGGCCACGAGAAGGAGUCGCUGCAGAGGCAGCUGUCCAUCGCCCUGCCACAGGAGUUUGCAGUGCUGACCAAAGAGCUGAAUGUGUGCCGGGAGCAGUUGCUGGAGCGGGAGGAGGAGAUCGGCGAGCUGAAGGCUGAGAGGAACAACACGCGGCUCCUCCUGGAGCACCUGGAGUGUCUGGUGUCCCGGCACGAGCGCAGCCUGCGCAUGACGGUGGUUAAGCGGCAGGCCCAGUCUCCGGCCGGCGUGUCCAGUGAGGUGGAGGUGCUGAAGGCUCUCAAGUCACUGUUCGAGCACCACAAAGCGCUGGACGAGAAGGUCAGAGAGAGGCUUCGGGUCGCUUUGGAAAGGGUGGCGGUCUUGGAGGAAGAGCUGGAAUCUUCUUCACAAGAGGUUCUGACAUUAAGAGACCAAAUAAAACGGCAGCAGGGGCUGGAUGGUGGCCGAGAGAGGCUGACCAACGGUCCCUCUUCUCUCCUGGAGGAUGGGGACUGUGAGCGGCAGAGGGAGGCAGAGAUCGAGCGGCAGAGAGUGGAGCUCUCACAGCUCAGGGAGCGGCUGGCGCUCAUGUGCCGGCAGGUGGGUGACAUUGAGGAGCAACUCUCAGCAGCCCGAAGAGAAGUAACCAAGUCAGAAGAGGCCAAUCAGAAGCUCCAACGGGAUGUGAAAGAGGCUUUGUGUCAAAGAGAGGACAUGGAGGAGAGGAUUACUACCUUGGAGCGCAGGUACCUCAGUGCCCAAAGGGAAGCCACUUCCCUUCACGACAUCAAAGAUAAGCUGGAGAAUGAGCUGGCAAGCAAGGAGUCUCUGUACAGACAGAGUGAGGAGAAGAACAGGCAGCUGCAGGAGUGGCUGGAUGAUGCCAAACAAAAGCUACAGCAGACACUGCAGAGGGCCGAGACCCUGCCGGAGAUCGAGGCCCAACUGGCACAGCGGGUGGCGGCACUCAACAAGGUGUGUGUGUGUGUCUGUCUCUCUGUCUGUCUUCGUCCAUCUUCCCUGAUCUGUAAAGGCUCUCCUCCUGUUCAGGCAGAAGAACGCCACAGCAACUUUGAGGAGCGACUGCGACAGAUGGAAACACAACUGGAGGAGAAGAACCAGGAGUUACAGAGGGCCAGGCAGAGGGACCGCAUGAACGAUGAGCACAACAAGAGGCUCUCGGACACCGUGGACAAGCUACUGUCCGAGUCCAACGAACGUCUGCAGCUUCACCUGAAGGAGAGGAUGGCAGCGCUGGAGGAGAAGAAUGCACUCUCGGAGGAGCUGGCCAACAUGAAGAAGAUACAGGAUGAUCUUCUAGCAAACAAGGACCAGUUAAUAGCAGAGCUGGAGCGACUUCAACUGGAGCUGGAUCAGCUGAGAGGCAGGUCAGGUUCCUCCUACUCCAGGUCCCUUCCAGGAAGUGCCCUAGAACUGAGGUACUCUCAAGGGGGCGGGUCUGGCUCUCACCUGGAGCACUACAGCAAUGCAGCUGCCGGGGGCGUGGUGAGGCGGACUCACCGGGGGCGAUGGGGAGCGCCACGGGAAGAUGCUAGCAAGUACACAGACUGGGAUGGCAGCAGCCUCCUGGGCCCUGGGUUCGAGGGUGGAGUGGAGGGGAGCUGCUCUGAUGAGGAGGAAGAACGAGAGGCGAUGAUGGGCACAGAAGCGCUGUCACCUGGCGGGCAGACGGACGUGCAGACGCUGGCCAUCAUGCUACAGGAGCAGCUGGAGGCCAUUAACAAGGAGAUCAAGCUGAUCCAGGAAGAGAAAGAGAGCACGGAGCUCAGAGCCGAGGAGAUUGAGAGCCGAGUCAGCAGUGUGGCUCUCGACGGGCCCCCUAUCCCACCCACCUCACUGGGUGGGGGUAGGGAUGGCUCAGGAAGGGGCUUCAUCCCUUCUUCACUCACUUCCUCCACACUGGCUUCCCCCUCCCCCCCCAGCUCUGGGCACUCCACCCCUCGGCUGCCUCACUCGCCAGCCCGUGAGAAUGACAGACAGAACAACAAAGAGGACGAGAAGGCCCUGGCUCUGCUGGACAGUGCCCCCCCUGCAGCCCCCCGCGCACUGCGGCUGGACAGAAUGACACACACACACCCAGGGGCUCUGCUUGAGGACAGCCGCGAGUUUCGCAGUCUGUCAGUAGACAGCAGCAGCACCAGCAACAUUCAGGACGCACUACACAAGUCCAGCAAGAAGAAGAGCAUCAAGUCUUCCAUCGGCCGACUUUUUGGGAAGAAGGAGAAGGGGCGUCUGGGGCCUCCUGGCCGCGAGUCUGUGUCUCUGGCCUCCACUCCCUCAGAGGAGCAGGCUUCAGUGGACCCACUGGGCCUGACCAAGCUCACCGGACCUGUGGAUAAAGACCGCCGCAGCAAGAAGAAGCAUGAGCUCCUGGAGGAAGCGUGUCGCCAGGGCCUGCCCUUUGCAUCCUGGGACGGCCCCACCGUGGUGUCCUGGCUGGAGUUGUGGGUGGGUAUGCCCGCCUGGUACGUGGCCGCCUGCCAGGCCAACGUGAAGAGCGGCGCAAUCAUGGCCAACCUGUCGGACACGGAGAUCCAGCGCGAGAUCGGCAUCAGCAACCCACUGCACCGGCUCAAGCUGCGCCUGGCCAUCCAGGAGAUGGUGUCCCUCACCAGCCCCUCAGCCCCUGCCAGCACGCGCUCGUCAACCGGCAACGUGUGGAUGACUCAUGCGGAAAUGGAGUCACUGACUACAGCCAGCAAACCUGAGGGGAAAGAAAUCAUCUGGGAUCAGAUCCUAGCCUACGGGGACAUGAACCACGAGUGGGUGGGGAACGAGUGGCUGCCCAGUCUGGGCUUGCCGCAGUACCGCAGCUACUUCAUGGAGUCGCUGGUGGACGCCCGCAUGCUGGACCACCUGACCAAGAAGGAGCUGCGUGGCCAGCUCAAGAUGGUGGACAGCUUUCACCGGGUCAGCCUGCACUAUGGCAUCAUGUGUCUGAAGCGGCUGAAUUAUGACCGUAAGGAGCUGGAGCGAAGGAGAGAGGCGAGUCAGCAGCAGAACAAAGAUGUGAUGGUGUGGUCCAAUGAGCGUGUGAUGUGCUGGGUGCAGGGGGUGGGGCUUAAGGAAUACGCAGACAACUUGGCAGAGAGCGGGGUGCACGGGGCGUUGCUGGCGCUUGAUGAUACCUUCGACUACACGGAUCUGGCCCUGCUGCUGCAGAUUCCCAACCAGAAUACACAGGCCCGCCAGCUCCUGGAGAAGGAGUACAACUCCCUAAUUUCCACAGGGACCGAGAGAAGGCCAGAGGAGGACGGCACGAAGACCUUCACCCGCUCGCCCUCUUGGAGGAAGGACCUAAGAGGCGUCACCUCUGAUUCCUCAGAGACCCUUCCCCCUAACUUUCGUGCCUCAGCAAUUUCUGCCCCCUCCGUGACCCUGAGGAAAGUCCAGAGUGAGGCGAGCUCUGGGUCCAGAGGGGAGUCAGGAUCAGUGAGAACAUACUCCUGCUGAGGACCUCACCGGGGGGAUCACAUCAUCAGGCAGGUUUGCAAUACCAGACACAGGACCGUCAGAACCACGCAGAAGACCUGAUUGUAGGAAGUGGAGCUAACAGUCUGUGUGUCUGUCCCUCUCUGUCCAUAAGUGAGCUGGGCUGGAAGCCAAGGAAUCUUCGUACUCUCCAGAUGGGAUAUCAGCCCUUAAUCUGCCAGGAAUGACAUUUUGCUCCCUAAGGCCAUUUUUGCUCCACACUGAGGCAGGUCUUCACCCGGUUCCAUCUUUUAUUAAAGCCAGAGUGUUCAUGUAGGCCACCUAAUUCAGUUUAAAGGGAUCGAUGAGGUCAAGAUCAGAUGCUACUACAGAUGGGAUCCUUCCAGACGUGAGCUUGGACAAUUCUUACUGUCCUUACAGGGAGCUUACCCAGCUCAUGGUGGGCCGAUCUGGCAGAUCAGUCUGAUACCCACUGAAUGGGAGAGAAGGCAGAGGAGAAACAGACAGAUGAAAGGAUUAGCGCCAUGUACAGCAGCCAUUAACUUAGAUAGGCUUGGAGAAGCAAAAAAAGGCAAGCAGAAAGGAAACAGAGAAAGAGAGGAGAUGAGGGGACACUAGGUGACAGGGAGGUGGACACUGGACGUCAGUCACGGUGAGACAAGGGAACACGGAGACAAGGAGGGGGACACUGGGAGACAGUCAAGGGGACACUGGGAGACAGGGAGGGUUAAACUGGGUGACAGGGUGGGGAACACUGGAUGACAGUCAAGGAGAGACAAGGGGACAUGGGGGGGACACUGGGAGACAGGCAGGCAGACAGUGGGUAACAGGGAGGGUUAAAGUGAAAAACAAGGAAGGGAAGAGUAGAGGAUAGAAGGACAAGUUCUACUUCUGUGUUAACAUGCAUGACAAACAGUGAAAAUUAGAGAGUAUCACAUGAAAUCUAACAAAAAGCAGUUAUUCAAUGAUGCUGAGAACUGGAGGAUAAACAUUUGUAAAAUGUGUGCAUUUGAUUUUUUAAUUUAAUUUUUAUGAGAAUUAUUACUAUUACUAUUGUAUGUAUUGAGUAACUGUAUGUACAUGUUCAUUUAUUACUUUAAUUUAUCUAGUUUUAACAAAAAAAGGAUAAACGAUUUUAAAACAGACAGUAAAAUACGCUAAUUGAAUGUGAAGAUUUGGUAAGAAAUUGUGUGUAUGAUUUAAAGACAAUAUGAACAAUUCUGAAGGUGGAAGGGUUGAAAGAGAGUGACUCUGAUCGUCAAGACAAUGCAAAUAAAGUGGUGUGUGCUGCUUCAAA